AUGGCAUCAGAAUGUUCUACAACAACCACAUCAUUUUACAACAAUGCGAAUAAAUCACAGACCGAACUGAAUUUUUAUGACGAAUUCCUAUUGAUAUGGCUAGAUGCAGAUACUGAUAUUGUUAAUAAUGAUAAUUUGAAUACAAUACUCCAUCUAAAGACAUUGAUUACGUGUAUUCAGACAUUCAGCAAUAUUGAUGAAUGUCUCAAUUGUGUUAAAGAAAAUGAAAAAAAACUAAUUUAUUUUAUUGUCUCGGGUCGUCUUGGUGAAAAAAUCAUAUCUUAUAUACAUCCAAUGGUACAAACACAAUCGGUCUACGUGUUUUGCUCCAAUAUAUUACGACAUACUCAGUGGGCUACUCAACAUUCAAAAAUACGUGGUGUUUUUAAUGAUAUUAAACCGCUAUGUGAACAAUUAAAAAGAGAACUAUUAUGGUUUAUUCCAUUAGAACAGAAUUUGUAUUCGAUUACUACAACUGUGCAAUAUCCAGAAAACUCAUUCACUCCAGAUGAAAAUGAUGAUCCAGCAGAAUUUUUUAAACACUACUGUAUAGACAUUCCAUUUAGUAGACGUCAAUCUUUUUCGAUACAAGAUCAGAAUAAUAAUCAAGAAUUUUGUAAACAAUCUAACUCACAUGACGAGGAAUCGAACGACCCUUCAAAAUUUGAUGAAGGAAUAUUAAGGAAAUGUGAUGAAUUUGAUUGUUGUCAAAAGCAGAUUGACGAUUUACCAUCAUCCUCAAUCCCUACUAGUUUGAUAAUAACGGAUGACGUUAAUUGUCAAACGCAUGAAGAAUCGUCAAUAAUUGUUGACCAUAAAGAGAGUAAUUUGGUUACUGCUUCUACUCUUAUUUCUUCAGCACAUUCAAAUAAUUUAUCAAAAAUUGUUGACAAAUCAUUGGAAUGUAUAAAAGAAAAAGGUGUUAAUGAUUUUAUUACGAUCUUAAAAUUUUUUAUAUGUUAG